UCCUCCUCCUCCUCCUCCUCCUCCUCCUCCUCCUCCUCCUCCUCCUCCUCCUCCUCCUCCUCCUCCUCCUCCUCCUCCUCCUCCUCCUCCUCCUCCUCCUCCUCCUCCUCCUCCUCCUCCUCCUCCUCCUCCUCUUCCACCUUCUCCUCCUCCUCCUCCUCAUCCUCCUCCUCUGCAGUCCUCAUCAUCCUCCUCAGUCCUCCUCCUCCUGGGUCCUCCUCCUCCUCUUCAUCCUCCUCCUCUUCCUCCUCAUCCUCCUCCUCCUCCUCCUCAUCCUUCUCCUCUUCCUCCUCCUCCUCAUCCUCCUCCUCAGUCCUGCCCAGUCCCCCUCCUCCUCCUAUUCACUCCUCCUCCUCCUCCUCCUCCUCCUCCUCCUCAUCACCCUCCUCCUCAUCCUCAUCCUCCUCAUCAUCACCCUCCUCCUCAUCCUCCUCAUCAUCCUCCUCAUCCUCUUCAUCCACUUACUUCUCCUCCUCAUCAUCACCCUCACCCUCCUCCUCAUCCUCAUCCUCCUCAUCAUCACCCUCCUCCUCAUCCUCCUCAUCAUCCUCCUCAUCCUCUUCAUCCACUUACUUCUCCUCCUCAUCAUCACCCUCACCCUCCUCCUCAUCCUCAUCCUCC